AUGCAUCAAGUCUUUCCCAGCACCGCCUGCCGAAUCCUGCUCUUCCUACUGGUCGUCUUUCAACCUAUUGCCAUAUCACAACCCGGUCCACAGCCCUGUCCCGAGAAUGCCAUCGUGUUGACCGGCAGUGACUAUCCACAGUUUAUUUACAGCCCAUACGACGAGCUACGAACUUAUCCGCCCAACACGGACUGUCGAUUUGUAUUGGUAGCUCGAAGCAUGCAACAUCGUAUUCAUAUGACAGUUAUUGAGUCAAAGUUGGAAGAACCGCUGUUUUCGGAAUGCGAGGAUUAUGUUAGUGUUAAGGAUGGUAUGUUUUUACAUUUUUACAGUAAAAUACAUGUUGAUUUAAUAAUAAAUGUUUAUACAUUAGGACCUAGAAAGCGAAUAAACAUAUAUACAUACGUUUUUAGGCCGGCCAGAACGUGUUAACACACAUUUAUAUACACACUCCAAGACAUAAAAAAUUGUCCUUUUAGGCAUCCAGAUUAGAGUAAUAAACCCCACGUUAGAUUUACAAUUUAAAUUCCAAUUACUAGGCCAGAUUUACAAUCAAAACCAGAUUUAGUACGAUUAAGAGUUUUAAGCACAAUUAUAAGUUUUUAUAGCACUAUUAACACUUUUUCAAUACCAACUAAUGUCGUAUUUUGAUUUCAGGCGGAUUACCGACGUCUGAUGAAGUUAUACGAUGGUGUGGAACGUAUUAUCCACCAUCGUUGACGAGUUCAGGAGACUCAUUGUAUGUGCAUUUCCACUCGGAUAAUAUCGUGCAACAGAGAGGGUUCAAUGUGUCAUUUGUUGAUUAUUGUAAGCAUUUUAUAGUAACCUACUAUAACAAGAUAUCGCAUUAUCAAAACCUAUCUUAUAAAACAUUUUAGUAAUACCCGGCUGUCCAUCAGAUUGGAUUCGCGACGAUGAAAACAUGUAUUGUUACAAGAUGUUCUCCUCAGCUCAUGGUUACACGUUUGUUGAAUCACAGAGGAAUUGUUUUUACGAAAGAUCAAACUUGUUAACAAUUGAGAAUGCUCGAGAGUACCAGUUUAUAGUGGGGAAAUAUGCAGAUAGCCAUAAGUUCCCGUGGAUCGGAUAUAAUGAUGCAAACAAAGAAGGAGUGUUUGAUCCAAUAGACCCAAAUGUACCUAUUUGGCCAGAUGAGUAAGUGUCUGCAGUUUGAUUUGAAAACGCUUAUUAGCACUAUGAGCAUCAUACUAAAAAUUCUAGUCAGACACGGGUAAAUCCAAAAGCUAGAAGAAUGAAUCUAAAAUAUUGUUUUUACUUUUCAUUAUUUAAAAAAUGAUUUCAGCUUAUCAACAGCUUCACGAGGAGAUCAUAAAGAUAAAGACUGUAUGUUUUUCGAUUGGACAGUACGAGAUAACACUGCUCAUACUGUAGAUGACUGUCGGAACCGCCACGCUUUUAUUUGCAAAAAACGUCAAGGUAUUUCAUUUUUUUUAUCACUUGAGAACUAAAAAAUUACGUUCAGACGGCACCACUGUACCAAUCCAACUCUCCGCCACACUUCUUCGCCACGGUUUUGAAGAUCCAGUAUUCAACUACACUUUACUCCUCAUUCUUCUUCUCCUCCUGUUAUUACUGCUCAUAAUCUUAUGGAUAAUAUACCAAAAGUUAAAACGGCGAAACGUAGUAGCGGCGUCGGAAGGCAGCCGUCUCGUCAGCCAAUCUACAUCAACAGUCCCGCCAGGUACGUCAGCAAUAACACUUGAACCGGUCCCAGAAGAUAAGAAAAAGAAAAAAGACACCGGUAAAACAACAUCGACAGACGCGGUAAAACGAGCAAUCGCUGUUAGUGCCAGUAGGACAAGUGGUGCUGCUGGUUUGGCGUUACAGAAAACUGAACAAGAGGAAACCUUCCAACUAGAUGAUUCAUUGUUCGUCAAUUCGGAAAAACAUGAGCACGGCUACCCACAACAACAUACAACAGGACAUCAACAACAAUAUCAAGCUACAAGUUCACAAUCUCCUAGAAUCCGAUCAUCACCAAAUCAACCAGGGGAUUCGCAACAAAAUGUGGAGAUAAUACAGCGUCGUGAUUCUGAUCCUGUUUUGUCAGAGGAAUCUGAAGCAGAAUUAGGAGUUGGAGAAACACCUUUACCUACUAGUCCAGUGAAAGGUGAUAAUAUAUCAACAUCGGCCAACUUGUUAUCGCCACCGAGAGACCGUAGUCAUUUGUAUGAAAGUGGGCCUGUUACGGUCACGACAAAAGAUGAAACGGCCGAAACUGUAGCUGUUGGAAGGACAAAAGACGGUGUAGCUUCGAGUUCGAUAUCCAAAGAGCCCAAGGCGUUAAGCUCAACUCUACCGCCGGUGGGAGAGCCGAUUAGCCGAGAAGCGACGUUACAAACAGGAAAUGUUACAGUACCUUCGUCGCAUCGAUCGCGCGGUACGCAACCAGCACAUGGCUUCGAAAGGCCGCGGGUUGGGACGUUGGAAAACGUUUCCGCUAUUAGUUUAGAUGAGUUUUGGCAAGAUAACAAGUGA